CAUCAGCGCCAGAAACUCCCUCCCGAAAGUGGCCUACGCUACAGCGAUGGACUGGUUCAUUGCCGUCUGUUACGCUUUUGUCUUCUUGGCCCUCAUCGAAUUUGCCACGGUGAACUAUUUCACCAAGAGGAGUUGGGCAUGGGAUGGCAAGAAAGCUCUGGAAGCACAGCACCCAAAGAAACGAGACCCCAUGGUGCUGUCGAAAAAAUCCAACAACGUUUGCUCAGCAGCCAUCCACUACACGCCGAACCUCACCAAGGACAUCUCAAUCUCCACCAUCUCCAACACAACGCCGAUGCAGCUGCGAGCCUCUGAGCCCAAAUUUGCUGCCACAUGGUGACGACGACGAAGAUCUCCACGAUGCAACUGGUAAUCAAAUGCUGAUGCCCCGGUCGCACCAGGAGGAUGCCACGUUGAUUCUAAACAAUCUACUCAAGGAAUAUGACAGGACACUUCGGCCGGACAUCGGCGUGAAGCCAACAGUCAUUGACGUGGGCAUAUAUGUCAACAGCAUCGGCCCUGUGUCAUCCAUCGACAUGGAGUACCAGAUCGAUAUCAUCUUCGCCCAGACUUGGAUUGAUACGCGCCUACGUUAUAACAGCAGUAGCAUGCGGAUUCUCACUCUCAACAGUAACAUGGUGGGUUUGAUUUGGCUGCCCGACACCAUCUUUAGGAAUUCCAAGACCGCAGACUCUCACUGGAUAACAACACCCAAUCAGCUGCUCCGCAUCCGCAACGAUGGAAAAAUUCUCUAUACGCUGAGGAUGACCAUCAACGCUGAAUGUCAGCUGCAGCUUCAUAAUUUCCCAAUGGACGAGCACUCGUGUCCUCUCGUCUUUUCCAGUUAUGGCUACCCACGAGAUGAAAUUGUGUACAAGUGGAGGCGAAACUCAGUGGAGACCUCGGACCAGAAAUACUGGAGGCUCUACCAAUUUGACUUCAUGGGGCUCCGAAACACAACCGAUGUAUUGACCACGACUGCAGAUUGUCGGAAUGUGGUGUAUCACAACUAUAGACACCUUUUCAGAAGGAUGGGCUACUUCACCAUCCAGACUUAUAUCCCGUGCAUCCUGACUGUGGUCCUGUCCUGGGUCUCUUUCUGGAUCAAGAGUGAUGCCACACCGGCGAGAACAGCUUUGGGCAUUACCACCGUGCUGACCAUGACCACAUUGAGCACAGUGGCCCGGAAUUCGCUGCCUCGAGUCUCCUAUGUGACAGCGAUGGACCUGUUUGUCACCGUCUGCUUCCUGUUUGUCUUUGCCGCCAUGAUCGAGUAUGCCAUGCUCAACUACUGCUCCUCUAGUUUACGCAGACCGCCGGUAAAAAUGCACAAACUGGCAUAUUCGUCCCUCGGCACCGGUCGGCCCCCUCGUCGGCACAUGAUUCCCACAGGCAAUGCUCUCUUCUGGCAGGACUAUGACGAGGACUGCCUGGACCAGUGCCUAGAUGGGAAAGAUUGCAAGAGUUUUUUCUGCUGCUACGAGGAAUGUAAAGAAGGCGGCUGGAAGAAAGGUCGCAUCCAUGUCAACAUUCGUGAACUGGAUUCCUACUCGCGGGUAUUCUUCCCGACUUCCUUCUUGCUCUUCAACAUUGUUUACUGGGUCAGCUACCUCUAUCUUUAGUCACACUCUUGCAUUGGAGCUCCUAUGAAGUGGAGAAAGGGCCAUUGUUCUUUUUAGAGUUGAUGAGAAGGAGGGACAAAAACGGGAAUGGACCUGUCCUUUUCAGGACUCGACGCAGACUGUAGACAUCUAUCUGGGUGGCAACGCGGUAUUUUGGGCCACACCGUGGCAGAGCACCCAUAGUGCCUUCUUCAGAAAAGGGUGCACAAGGCCACCGCAGCAUUGUUGUUUUUAUUAGCUCAUCCAUCACGCCGCCGCAUGCCAAUGGUUUUAUUUAUUUUUUAAUUUCACUCCUUGAUGAAACCAGCAUGGUUCUCGGGACAGGAAAUGCUAAGACGCUCACCAUGCAUUGUGUGGUACUUUACAAGUGCAGUAGUUCUUUAUCAUAACAAAAUGCCACCGAGUUAUUGGUCUUGUUUUCUGAAGACCCUAGCAGACAAUACAAUUUACAUUAAUGGGAUGCACAAGCGCUGCAUAACUACAAAAUGAUCUUUCCUCAAACAGGUAUUUUUUUUAUUAGUCUUAGCAGUGCUAAUGGUAUGAAGUUCCAUCCAUUCAGUUUCACAAGGUAAAUUAUAAACACAUGAGAUUUUUUCCCCCCUUAUAAAAAAUAAAGGGAAUUUGUGUUGCCCUGCCAUUUGUGGGACCCUAAGCUGCCUCUCGUGUUGGGCCAGCAACAGCCGAGGUGCUGUAAAAUAUAUGCGUACUAUAGGUCCAAUGUAGGCCACGAGAGAGCGAGAGAAAGAAAGAGAGAGCAGUGUUGAAAAAUGGAGGAGUCUGGAUGGUUGGGGAUGGACUCAUUCAAACAACAACCACGAUGUAAAAUUGAUGCGACCUAUGAAGACAUACGGACACACGUGAAACCCAGGCUUAGCUUAAAUGUU